UUAUUAAAUAAAAGCCAGAACAAAGAUUGUUGUUAAUCUUAUACAAAGUGGGAAAAACACUAUCUGCACUUCCUCAAUCUGUGUUGGGUCUGGGUGUGGUCGGUUUGCGGUGAGACCACAAAUACCCGAUAUUUGGUGAGCGGUUGCAUUGGACGCUAAUGCUUUAUUGUGGCUGGCUGGAAGUAAUCGCGAAUGGCCACUGUCACUCCGCUCUUACAGCUCUCCUCAAUUGUCGCUAAUGGCGGUUAUGUCCAGAGAAGUGAAUUUGGGUUUAUGGGUUCUUCAUCGUCGAGGACCCAUCAUCUCUGCUCCAAGCCAAAAGGGUCUUCUCUUAUCAGAUGCCAAUCAACUAGUACAAAGGAGCAGAAAACAAAAAGGAAUCUUUUAGACAAUGCUAGCAACUUUCUUACCAAUUUGUUAAGUGGGGGGAGUCUAGGCUCUAUGCCUAUCGCAGAAGGUGCCGUCACUGAUUUGAUUGGUCGGCCCCUCUUCUUCUCACUGUAUGAUUGGUUCCUAGAGCAUGGCUCUGUCUAUAAACUUGCUUUUGGACCGAAAUCAUUUGUUGUUGUAUCCGACCCUAUUGUUGCAAGGCAUAUCCUCCGCGAAAAUUCAUUUUCUUUUGACAAGGGAAUCCUUGCUGAUAUUCUGGAGCCAAUAAUGGGGAAAGGACUUAUACCUGCUGAUCUUGACACAUGGAAGCAAAGAAGGAGAGUAAUUGCUCCUGCGUUCCAUGCCUUAUACUUGGAAGUUAUGGUUAAAGUAUUUACGGACUGCUCACAAAGAUCAAUUUUGAAGUUUGAGAAGUUACUAGAGGCCAACGACUUGCAUGGGGAAAUGGCAAUUGAGUUGGAUCUUGAAGCGGAGUUUUCAAAUUUGGCUCUUGACAUUAUUGGGCUUGGUGUCUUCAACUAUGACUUUGGUUCUGUUACAAAAGAGUCUCCUGUGAUAAAGGCAGUGUAUGGUACUCUUUUUGAAGCGGAGCAUAGGUCAACUUUCUACAUUCCUUAUUGGAAAAUUCCGUUGGCAAAGUGGAUAGUACCAAGGCAACGGAAAUUCCAGAAAGACCUUAAAGUUAUCAAUGACUGUCUUGAUGGGCUCAUCAGAAAUGCAAAAGAGACAAGACAGGAAACUGAUGUUGAGAAACUGCAGCAGAGGGACUACUUGAAUCUGAAGGAUGCAAGUCUUUUGCGCUUUUUAGUUGAUAUGCGGGGAGCUGAUGUUGAUGACGGUCAGCUAAGGGAUGACCUGAUGACAAUGCUUAUUGCUGGCCAUGAGACAACAGCCGCUGUCCUUACUUGGGCUGUUUUUCUUCUCGCUCAGAAUCCCUCCAAAAUGAAGAAAGCACAAGCAGAGAUCGAUUCAGUGCUGGGUCAGGAGAGGCCAACUUUUGAAUCACUUAAAAAAUUGGAGUACAUAAGACUUAUUGCUGUAGAGUCUCUUCGUUUGUAUCCUCAGCCUCCUCUGCUCAUUAGACGUGCCCUCAAAUCAGAUAAUCUACCAGGAGGUUACAAAGGUAACAAAGACGGUUAUUCAAUUCCAGCAGGGACUGAUAUAUUCAUUUCUGUAUAUAACCUCCAUAGAUCUCCUUACUUCUGGGAUCGUCCCAAUGAGUUUGAGCCAGAAAGGUUUUUAGUGCGAAGGGAAGGUGAAGGUAUUGAAGGAUGGUCCGGUUUUGAUCCAUCUCGAAGCCCUGGAGCAUUGUAUCCGAACGAGAUUAUAGCAGAUUUUGCCUUCUUACCCUUUGGCGGAGGCCCAAGAAAGUGCAUUGGAGAUCAAUUUGCUCUCAUGGAAUCAACUGUGGCAUUAACUAUGUUGUUGCAGAAAUAUGAUGUGGAACUGAAAGGAUCUCCAGAAUCUGUCGAAUUAGUGACCGGGGCAACGAUUCAUACUAAGAAUGGAUUGUGGUGUAAAGUAAGGCCGCGAUCUGAUCUCGGCGAGCAGAACCCAGUAGCAGCUUGAAAUUUUGUCAUUACAGGUCUAACUGCUGAUAAUAAGAGAGGGAAGCAAUGUUUGAUUGAUGAUACAGAAUGUGUAGGAAUAUUGUAAAUUCAUUACUCCUGUCUUGUUCAAUCAAUCCUUUUUAUCUAUCAACGAAGUGGGCUUGGCGACCAUACGGGCUGCAAAAACUGGCCCAAUAUUUGAGUGUACGAGUUGGGCCUGCAU